AGAACAUCUCCACUAAAAAUAAAAAUAUUUCCAUUAUAAUAGUUGUUUUCCAUUUACAUCAAAACUCAGAAUUCUCACUUAUGACGUCAUAACUCAGUUCAAUGCACGUUCCUUUUGAUGCUGAGAAAGUGAGAUUCAACUGAGUUUCUGCACACGAUUGAGACCGUGUGCUUUAGUGAAUCCAAAGUCACAUACAAAAGUAAGGUUAUGAACCUGCAAUAUCACUUGCGCGAACAAUUGACAUUUUAUCUGAGUGUAAUAUACUAACUGAUGAUGAGUGACUCAGUAUCACUUGAGUGCAAAUGGAAAGCAACUAUCAUAAAGAAUUGAUACCAGCUGGCAUUAUAAUCGCGGACGCUAAAAGCUUAGGUUAUCCUGUGAAAAGUCUACCGUCUACUUGCGUCUGACUUUUUUGAUUAUAAAUUAUUCUGAUUAUAUAUUAAUAUCGAUUAAUAUAACGAUAUUAAUAUAUAUAUAUAUAUAUAUAUAUAUUAAUAUCGUUUAAAAGGGGAACUAUGACAGAAAUAAUCGAAUUAUGUCCUAAUAGAAGUUUGAUGAAUUCAUCUUUCGAAAAAUAUCAGUUCUCUACCGAUGCUGCUCCUAUAAUUUCUGAAAUCAAGUUAAAAAAUCAUGUAUACAGAAUAGAACCAAAUCAGAAUCAAGAAUCUUGGUUGGAAGCAAGACUAUUUGCAUUUCAUAAUCAUUUAUUUAAGAAUGUGUAUGAUAUAUCGUGUUGGUUUAUUGAUAAAGACUGGACUGUUUGGCGUUUAGAUAAGGAUAAUUCCUUGGAUGAAAUGUAUAAAUUAUAUAGUGCAGAUAUAGACUUAUCAAAACUAAUGUACAAUCCAUCAAUUGGAUUUACUUUGAAUAAUAUUACAGUAAUUUCCAAUGGUGGUGAAAAACUAGAGGUUUUAGUAGGAAGUACAAAACAGAAUAUGAAAGUUUUUUCAUUGGGUCCUAUAGAACCUGGAAUUAUUAUGAAUGUGCAAUAUAUAGAAAAAGAUUUGAAAAUUAUUGUAACUAUGUGCACUAUUGCUGCAAAAAGUGAUGGAAAGAAAUAUACACAGCUUACAUUGUUAUCGUGUACUUUGCAAUAUAUAGAAAAUGAGAUAAAAAAUAUUUAUCAUAUAAAUAAACAGUUAUUGAAAGUUCAAGGUACUGUAGAUUAUAUCUAUGUGGAAAAAAAUGGUAAUUAUUUGCACUCUAUUUGUCAAAAUAAUAUUGAUUUUGAGAAAGGAGAUACACAAGAAUCUGAAAAUAAAAUAAAACAAUCAAAUAUUGAUUUACAAAUAAAGACUCCAAAAUAUUAUUGGUCGCAAGAUGAAGAUUCGCUUACUGUUUGUAUUAAAAUACUUAAACAAUAUACCAAUAAACAACCUAAAAUACAAGUCAAGCCAUUAGAAUUAUCUGUUGUAAUGGAAAAUGAAAUAUUAAUACAAGGAGAGUGUCAACAUAGAUUAGAGGAAAAUAUGGCAACUUGGAGAUUUAAAGGAGAUACAUUACAAAUUGAUUUAAGUAAAUAUGAAAAUGGAUUGAUGUGGAAUGAAUUAAUCAAAGGUGAUACAGGAGGUGAAUGUUUACCUAAUGAAGCUCUUGCUGCAGAAAUUCAUACAAGGCUAGCACACUUAUGUACAGAUCAGAAUAACACUACUGGAGGAGAUCAACCUUGUAUAGGAUUUAAUGCUGAGCAAUUAGAAGAAUGUGAUCUAGAAGGAAAAGAUAACUUUUUACAAAGAAUUAAUCUUCCUAUGCAGACAACUACGCAUCUAGCUAGAUUGGGAAGUAAUAAUCAUGUGCUGUUCACCUGCAAAAGAAAAUAUGGGCAAGCAAUAUGCCUGAGGCAUGAUCAUGAUGCUUGCGUUUGGAUGAUAGAUGAUGUAAAUGACGAUGCUGAAUGGGAUAUAAGACAUACCCAUAGUUUUCCCAGAUUUGGUUAUGUUGAAGCUAGUAAAACCAAUAAAAAAUUUUGUGUGUCUCCUGCUGAUGGUUCAUAUAUAGCUAUAGUAGAACAUGUGAGACAUGUAUUUUUGUAUGAGAAACCUGAUGAUGGAGCAAAGACAGCCAAGCAAAGAAUUAUAGAUCUAAAUUGUGAAACUUCCAUUAUGGGUGCUAUUGCUACAAAGAAAUAUUUGUUUGUACUUUCGAAAGAUAAAUUAUAUCGUUUACAAAUUUAUGAUAAUUAAGGUGCAUUUAUUAUUAAAAUAAAUAAUUCUAAAUGUUUUCUAAAUAUUGUAUUUUAAAAUAACAUAGUAUUAAGUAUACUGUAUACAUAUGUGAGUAAACUGUAAGUAACAACAUAGUAUAGUCAGGUUUGCUACUUUAUCUUUUUUAUUUGCAAAUAUCUCUCUUGUUACAAAUAGUGUUUUAUAUUCUACUCAAUUUUCCACGAAUUAAAUAUGGAGUAAUGAAAAUAGAAAAAUUAAAUUUAAUAAUUUAUUAUUUCUUUUCUUUACAUUUUACAUGUAUAUACAUGUAUUAAAUCUAAUUUAAUAAAUUAUUUAUAUUUAAAUUUGAUAUUUAAUCCUAGUAAUAAAAAAAUGAAAAAAUGUAAAAUAACGACAUAAAUUUUUUUUUAUUUUAUGACAUAAUUUUUACUGUUAUGUGUUUUCUAUUUGAGAUAUAAAUAUAAAUAUAUAAAAAUGUUAUGUUUAUUGA